UUGUUGUCAGUUUUAAUUAUUGCUUUGAUCUUUGUGACGUUGAAUCUUCAAAGUGCAACUGCUAACGAAAGUUUGCUCAAACGACAACAAUCCACUACCCCGACACAACCUUCAAAUUCAACGACACCAAGUCAAACAACAACUCUAAGUUCAACAAGUUCAAACUCAACAAAUUCAAACUCAACA